AGAUCCGGAGCAGCAGCUCAGGUGGAGGUGGAGAGUCAGUGAGAGUCAGUGAGAGUCAGUGAGUCAUGGAGGACGCAGGUUUGUCAGAGGAGGCUGUGGGUGCUGCCUGCAAAGAGGGAGACCCCAUCACCAAGGACUACAUGAUGCAACAGACGAUGCUGAGGGUCAAAGAUCCGCUCAGGUCUCUGGACUUCUACACUCGGAUCCUUGGGAUGACGUUUUUGCAGAAAAUCGACUUCCCCUCGAUGCGCUUCACGCUCUACUUCCUGGGUUACGAGGACAAGCUGGACAUCCCUGAUGACCUCAGAGAGAGGACAGCGUGGACCUUCUCUCGUCGAGGCACCAUCGAGCUCACACAUAACUGGGGAUCGGAGAAGGAUGGAAAACUGUCGUAUCACAACGGGAACAACCAACCGCGAGGAUUUGGUCAUAUCGGUAUCUGUGUCCCUGACGUCUCUGCUGCCUGUAAACUGUUUGAGGAUCAGUGUGUAAAGUUUGUGAAGAAGCCAGAGUCGGGUAAAGUGAAGGACUUGGCCUUCAUCCAGGACCCGGACGGAUACUGGAUCGAGAUCUUCAGUGCGAAGAACAUGGUCGUCUUGAUGUCACCGUGAAGAAGAGACACAGGAGAAAGACUCGGGUCAUUUAUUAUCAUUUCAAAUCAUGAAAUCCAUAAAAAAUCUAUUCUUACUAAA